AUGCUUCGGGGUGGUGAUCUCUUCCCCGGUCAACCCACUCAAUAUCCGAGAGAGGGUAGGCUUUUGGCGGCCGCAGAGACGGCGGAUAAAGCAGCGGUGGUUAGAUAUAGGGGCGGCUUUGCCGGCUUGGAUUGGAAGGGCAUUGGGCAGAAAAAAGACUCUGAAGUUCCACCAAACCAUGCAAAACAUACUAAGUUUUAUAACCAUUUUCUCUUCAAAGCUUCACUUAUUGUGAUUUUUCUUGUUGUGCUUCCACUUUUCACCUCAGAAGCUCCUGAUUUCAUUAACCAAACUCUUCAAACAAGAAGCUGGGAAGUUCUUCAGCUUAUAUUUGUUGGCAUAGCUGUUUCAUAUGGACUUUUUAGCAAAAAAAGUGAUGAAACAGAUAAGGAACAUAACACAAAGUUUGAUAAUGCUCAAUCCUAUGUAUCUGGAUUACUUCAUGCCUCAUCUGUUUUCGAUGAUGAUACCGAUAAUCAUGAUGAAAACAAGGUUCAAACUUGGAAUAAUCAGUACCAUAGAGGUAACAAUCCUGUUGUAAUAGAAAAUCAUAGCCUUAAUGAACAGAGAGCUAUUAAUUCAAGAAUUGGCGAAAAGCCUCUUCUUUUACCUAUUCGAAGCUUGAAAUCGCGUGUUCUUGAUGAUCAUUUGGAAGAAAGUAAUGGAUUAAGUUCAAAAUCAAGAAAUGGGGAUUUUGUUGUGUCAAGUCCUAAGAAAUUGGUGGAGAGUUUAGAGGAAAAUGUUGUUCGUCCAUCGCCUAUUCCAUGGCGAUCAAGAUCAGCAAGAAACAUGGAGAUGAAAGAAAAUGGUGAUUUAGUUAAAAAGAUUGAACCUUUUUCUUUAAGGUCUCAAUCUUUUAGAUUACCUAAGAAUAGUAAUAACAACUCAAAUUCCUCUUCACCAAGAACUCCUUCUCCUUCACAAUCAAGAAAAUUGUCCUUUUCACCAGAAUCACAAUCCAAGAUUGUUAAUGAAGAUGUAGUGAGAAAGAAAAGUUUUCGUAAAUCGAAUCCUCCUCCACCACCACCUCCACCACCACCACAUUUCUUCUAUAAGAUGAAAUCAACCUCUAGUGUUACAAAUGACAAUGUAAUUUCAUCUGAUAAGGAAUUGAGGAGAAGCAUAAGGAGUGUGCCAAUGGAUUUGACACGCGGUGAAAAGCUCCAAACAAUAAGAAAAGCAUAUUCAGGAACAACAACAGAAUUGAGGCCAUUCAUUGGAAGUACAAGAACAAAAGAAUUCACAUGUCCUGAAGAAAAUGUUAUAGGAACAACUGAUAAAAUGAUGCAUGAAAGUUACAACUUUUCAACAAAAUCAAGAUUCAUGGAAUUCCCAAAUGAAGAGAAGAAAGAAUAUGUUGAGAAAUUCCUUAUGGAAAGUGAUCAAGAGGAUUCAGAGACUGAUAGUGAAGAUUAUGAUUACUUUGAAGAAAACGCGGAAAAACCAGAAAUUGAAACUCAGAGUGAUCAUGAAGGACCAGAUGUUGAUAAGAAAGCUGAUGAGUUUAUAGCAAAGUUUAGGGAGCAAAUUAGGCUUCAAAGAAUUGAAUCCAUCAGAAGAUCAGCAGGGCAACCUACAAGAAACCUUGUAAGAUAA